AAAAAUGACAUCAUCAAAACAGAAAAAAAAAAAGAAAAAAGAAGUUGCUGCCUAGCUGGACACCAGCCCCAUCACCGGGUCACAUUACUUCGCACAAGCCCCAUCAGUCCAUCACCAGCUUCUGAACACCAGUCUCUCUUCUCCACCAUCAUCGCCGCCGAGUGGAUGGUGAAUUGCAAGGGUCUCCAUGAUACUGACAUUUGGAACUAGAUUCCGGCAAUGUUCGACAAAUGUGUUAUCGACCUCCAUCAAGAUUUCGAGCUUAAGGUUUUCUAUUAAAAACCUUGUUGCUUCACUUCAGAAAGUGGCUUUCUAUGGUGGCAAUGGGGCUCAUUUUGGACUAUCUUUCCUUCAAACAAGAGAGCUCAGUAUGAUUGGUAGUUGCAAGAGAACAGACUGGUCAAUAAAGAGCAGUGCAGAUGGCAGAGGACUGGAUCCUCUAACCGGUAGUGGUGAUGGAAGAACUCGAUUACUUAAAACAAUUCAGAGUCUACAGAUUAGAUUAAAUGCAAGGAUCCAAGAUUUUCGGAAAGAUCUUCCUAAAAAGUUUCUAUUUUUCUUGGUGGGAUUUUAUUGUGCAACCGCAUUUGCUACCGUGAUUGGGCAAACAGGUGAUUGGGACAUUAUGUCUGCUGCGGUGGCUGUUGCUGUGGUGGAGGGUAUUGGGGCUCUUAUGUACAAAGUUUCUGUACCUUUGCUUGACAGGACCAGGAAUCUUAUUGUUCUGUUUAAUUACUGGAAAGCUGGCCUUACAUUGGGUCUUUUCUUGGAUUCAUUCAAGUAUUAAGGUAUCAGGUGUCAACUCUUUUGAAGGCAGGGCCUUGAAUUAUAGUGAGGCAAUUUAAGACGUUGCUGGAAUGUACAUUGGAUUAGAUAUGAGGGUUUUCUAAUAACAAAAGUAGCAUUACAGGACAGCGAAGGUAAAAUUCUGGUUUAUUGGCUUUCUUCUUUUGCAGAUUUUCUGGAUCUGUUUCAGGGCAGCUACAUUCUGAAAGAGAUGAAUGUAUAUUGUGGAUUCACAAACAAUAUAGAAAAACAGCACUUGCUCUGUUCAUCGAAACAUGUAAUAUACUUCGUAGAUGCUAAACUUAUCAGGAAACACUGAUACAAAGCGAACAAAGCAUGUAUAGAAAAGGCGAAUUUUAUGUUCCUUACUUUCUACUUGUUGUUAGUUGAUGACUUGAUUUUUAUAUGCUGCUUUUCUUUGUGUAAAGAUGAACACAAGUUCCCUGGUAUCUAAGCAUAUUCAAAAUAUGUAUUGUACAUAUUGUAAAGUUGAUAUUCAAAACUGGAAGUCACAGUUUGAGUUACUAAAUUUGGAUAGUUGA